AUGGCAAACCCAGGCUUCAGGCAACGCAGCCGCAGUACAUAUUGUGCGGUCUGCGGUGAAGGUUCCGCAGCCGCACUACAUUUCUGUGCGGUCCAUGGAAGAGUAAUUCAGAGAGGUGGCAAAAUCAGGCUUCAGCCUAAAAUCUCCAAAAAUUUGCCUCAUUUCCCCCUUAUUUCCUCUCUCUUCUUUCCCUCUCAUCAGUCCCUCUUCUCUCUCCCCCCAAGCUGCCGCCGCCACCCCAUUGUUACCGCCGAAAAUCGCCCACCGCGGUGGCCGACCUCCAAUCCGCCCCAAAAUUUCACCACUUCUUCCGCUCAACCUCCUCUCCAUGAAUCCAAACCCCAAAAUCCCAUAACCCUUCUCAAUCUCCGUAGAUCUAAGCUAAAACGACACCUUAGCCACCGCCCACCACCUACAAACUCCGAAAAUUUUACACCACCUGACUCGUCUUCUCCCCCUCUUUCCAUAUAUCCAACUCAAAAUCCGAAAAAACCCAUCCACCGCCGGCAUCUUCCCCUACUGCUGCCGGUGCGUCACCCCUCUGCCGCCACUGCCUCUCGCUUCUCUUUUCAAACUGGCCUCGGGCAAGGUUGUGUCACUUUUCAAACUGGCCUCGAGCAAGGUUGUGUCAUUGAUCUUGUUGAAACCGGACUCAGAUUCAUAGGAAUAUUUGGUUUCAAGAAUAUCAACAAUAGAAGCUUGCCUGAAGUCGUACCACUACCUAUCAUCAUUUCCGGGAUGCUCGAGUAUGUGGUAAUCCUUUAAGACUCGUAAUGUAUGUAUUUUUAGCAAUGGGAACAACUUGAACAUGCUGCACCAUUUAAAUGUGUUUGAUGUGAUGAAUAGUUCGACAACAAAUGAGCUUUGUAUGUUAAUGUUAUGUAUCAAGCAUGUGAUAAUGUUAAUAUAGUCCUUCAUAAUACUUGAAUAUUGAGUUGUAAGUUUUUUGAAUGUGAUAUGUAAGUCGUUUAUGGAUUUUUAAGUUUGUUUUCAAGCUAUUGUA